AUGUCAUUCCUCGCUGGACUCUGCGGGUGUUUCACUCGCGAAGAUGCAACCCCGCGCCCUUCGUCCCGUCCAGAAAUGCAGUCGACCAAUUCCCAGAGUCGCAACUGCAGCGGUGUUCAAACUGGACGCUUCACCCUCUCCCCUGAGGGCGAGUUCAUCCGCUCCGCAGGGCCCGACGCAUCAUCUGGGCACGGGUCUCCUCUCGGCGACUCGGAUGAUGGGGGCUAUGCCAGCGUGGUCCCACUUCCUCAAUACACACCGCGGCCCGUGAGCAUUCACGAGAAGACACUUGAAGCGCAUCUGCGAGAUCCGCCGAUGUCGUCAGACGCGAAUAUCAUUUCUUACCACGAUGAGAAGAACCGUAACGUCUAUGAUGACGAGGUUUCUUCCGAUAGCUCAUCCACCAUCUCAUACCCUAGCAGCUAUGGCAAUACCUCGACUGCAACUAGAGAGACCCCUCCGCCACCGUACUCGCCCCGGCAUUCUGCAGUGCUAUCUCGGUCGCGCUCAAUCUCAAUCUCGUCCGCUAUGGCUGUCGCUCUUAACCCGCCGCCCAUGGCUCGGCUACAUGGUGGCCGCCCUGGCCCUCAUCCAUCUGCGCCCCCAUCCGAGGCGGAUGACCGCUCAAUUCACCGCCACCGAAGAGUUUCUUGGGAAAGCCGCUGA